UAUUAACGUAACAUUUCAGAAAAACAAAGAAGUAUGACAGAUAUUGUACCGUUUGGAUAUUUUGAUGAUUGCUAUACAAGAUCGUUUCAGGCUUUGUUUGAAAAUCGAACUAUAGUUGUGAAAUGUAAUAAAACACGGAAUAUCAUACAGUACAUUUUUCUUGUGCGAGAUCCUCACAGCAAUAUAGGGUUCCAUCAACUUCUUGCCAAAACUAAGAGCAACCCACAUUCUGGAUAUGAGCUUCUACCAAAGUAUCACAGAUAUUCUGUAUGGAAUGAUAGUGUGUUUUUGAUGAACAUACCUACUCUAAUUUCUGUAUUGAAUUUAGGAAUUAUGUUAAGUUCAGACUGUUUCUGGGAAAAUGACAAAGAAGGUCAAAGAACUCAAGUUAAAGAUUUUAAUAUUGGGUAUUUACCAGAUACUUGGCUUCUAGAUAGUCUGUGCGAGCUUCUCGGAAGAAAGUCUGCAAUAAUCAGAGUUUUUUGUUCUGAAAUAUGUUUAAGAAUACGGAAAAAACAUACCGCUGUUAUUGAUGCUCGUGCUGCAUAUGUCCCCGAGAAAGAAAAUGAAAUCGUUUUUGUCGUUUUAACAAAAAACAAAUGUGAAUCACUAAAGAUUCAUAACAGACCUAUCGUCCACCGUUGCAUCGAUGAUAUGAGCAAAGAAGCCUCCUAUAUAAUUAAAAAUGAAAGAGGAAUAACAGCGAAGCAAAGAAACGAAAUGAGAGCAAUAUUAGAUAGAAAUACAAAUAAUUUAUUAAAGAAACAUACAAAUAUAACUUUAAUCUCUAUCAGUUCAAUCAAGUCGAAAGGCUUUAAUAAAAACGGUAUUUCGAAAUUGGAGUACACACCGUGUAUUGUUUUCUAUGUCCCUGUGAAGGGUUUGAUUCCUGUUGACGAAGAUGUAUUGCCAAAUUUAAUUGAUGGAUAUAAAACUGACAUUCGUGAAGGUGCAUUUACUCCGUACGUUCUCACCUCUCGUGACAUACACGAAAACGUGAAGAUGGGUUGCCUAAUACAGGGCCUACGGGACAAUACUGACCCAUUGGGACAUAUUUAUACUGGGACACUUGGAGGUUUUAUCGAUCAUCCAAAAUUCGGUCUUUGUUGUUUUACAUCGGCCCACGUCAUCCUCUCCGGCAACGAUAUGGAUGCCAUCGGAAGAGGUGAAUCGUUACAACCAACUAAUGAUUUAUCAUGCUUUCAACCUGUUCGUCCACAUAGAUUUGGCUCAAUUGUUUUAGCCGUCUGUGAAGAAGGAAAUGAAAAUCGUCCCGGAGUAGAAGUAGUCCUGAUAAAAAUUGAAAACAGGCAAAUUGAUAAUCAAGGCAGGUUCCCAGGUACUGACGAUAUUGCUUAUCGUUCAGGGCAAAUCUUGGAAUUAGACGAAAUACGUCAGUACAUCAAUAAUGCAGACACCUUUGUGAUGAAAUAUGGUGCUGAAACAGGGAUAUCUAGAGGAAAAAUUCACUCUGAUAUGACAACAUUAAAUUCUAAACACGGAAAUAUAACUUUUGCACUGCGAAAUCAGAUAGAAAUUUAUGGCGAGGCAUUUGCGAAACCUGGAGAUUCCGGAGCUCUUGUAUUUCACUGUCAUGAAAAUUUUCCAGUAAGUGUAAUAGGACUUAUAGAAGGGGGGACAAAUUUUGAUACUUGUCUAGUUACUCCAAUAUGUGCAAUACUGAAGAGUAUUGGGUUAUCUCCACCGCUGCAGAUGAAAUCGUUUGAAAGUGUGCCCUAUGAAAUACAAAAACUACAAAACAUGGAGCAGCGAAUAUGCCAUCUAGAAAAUUCAUCAGAAAGUUUAAAAUCAGAUGUCAAAGAGAUAAAAACUAAACUAACACAGCAAGACCAAAAACUCGAUAAAAUCAUAUCAUUUCUUGAGAAGGGGUUUCCUUAAGCAAGCAGAAAUAGAAAACGUAGGCAGACCUGAAGCGGUCUUAAAGAAUAUGUGUGUAUUUUAAGUGUAUUGUUGAUGACUCAAUUUAAGUCGGACCCAUUACAUUAUUAUACUAUUAAAAUACUUCAGUCCAUUCAUUAUGUUCUUUUAAUUGGAAUGUAUAUUAUAUAAAACAACAUCAUAAAAAUCUUAAUAAAUUGUUAUUCUUAUUGUUUUUGGAUGAA